AUGCAAGCAAACAGUCUGAAGAAAACAAUUGUUCUAGAAGAGUGUAACCAAGAUGCAGCAUCACAUGAGUUGGAAAUGGAUAGAAAUGUUGAGGAAGAGGACAGAUCAAAAAGUAUUGAAGAAGUAGAAAUUGAAGAUGAUGUUGGCUCAGAUGAUGAAGCAACAAUAUCUAAAAAUCAAGACUAUAUAUUCCCAACUCCUGAAGAAGUGAAAAAAUGUGCCAAACCUUGUGUUGGAAUGAGAUUCCAAAGUCUUACUGAAGCACAAAGAUAUCUCAAUGCACAUGGUCUUCUAAAUGGAUAUGCAAUCAGGAAGGGUACAAACUAUUUGAAGAAGACAUACCAUCUAGAAUGCAAUAGAAGUGGGAAGGCAAGAGUUAUGGAAAACCCACAAAGGAUUCGAAGGAGGAAUUAUAUUGUGAAAACAGAUUGCAAGAUGAAGGUUGUAGUAAAACUGAUAAAUGGACAGUGGGUCUUUACAAAAGUAGACCCAGUGCAUAAUCACAAUGUGGUAUCCAAUCCAUCUCUGACAAAAUUUUUCUUAAAUCAUAAAAGAAUGACUGAUGACGAAAAGGCCUUCUCCAAGAUUUUGCAAGAUGCAAGAAUUAAACCAAUGAAAAUAAUGGCAAUAUUCAGAGAGUUGAAGGGCAGUUUCAAGAAUGUUUUUUUCAAUGCAAGGAACUUGGACAACUUGAAGCAGAAAGAAAGGAUCAAAAUAAAAAAUUCAGACAUUGAAGCAACAGUAAACUAUUUGAAGAAAGUACAGAUUGAAAGUCCUGGUUUCUAUUAUACCAUGAGAGUAGAUGAGGAAAACAGAGUGAAAAAUAUAUUCUGGACUGAUGCUAGAGGCAAAAUGGACUAUGAGUUAUAUGGAGACUUUAUGUUGUUUGAUACAACUUUUAGUACAAACAAAUACACCAUGCCUUUUGCACCAAUAGUAGGGAUAAAUGGACAUGCAAAGAAUGUUACAUUUGGCUGUGCACUACUUGAAGAUCAAACUGCUGAAACUUUCGAGUGGAUGUUCAAAACUUUUGUGGAAACCAUGAAUGGAAAGAAACCCAAGAUAAUCAUGACUGACCAAGAUGCAGCGAUGAAAAAAGCAAUUGCAGAUUUCAUGCCAGAUGUGAUUCAUAGGUUAUGCAUAUGGCACAUAAUGAAGAAUAUUCUUGAAAAGUGUGGAUCCUUCAUGAGUCAAAAGCAUAGAGAAGGCAUGAAAAAGAAACUGAACGAAUUUGUUUAUGAUUCACUCAGUGUUUUAGAAUUUGAGAGUGGAUGGCAACAAAUGCUAAAAGAUUAUGAUGCAGAAAAAAAUGAACACCUACAAACUAUGUACAGGUUGAGAAAAAUGUGGAUCCCAGUAUAUUUCAAGGAAGUGCUGUGUCCAUUCAUUCAUUAUACUUCAAGGAGUGAGAGCACAAAUUCAUACUUCAAGGAUUAUGUGAUUCCUAAAGAUACAAUAGAGAAUUUCAUGAGCCAGUUUCAAAUAAUACAAGAAGUUAGUAUGAACAAAGAGGAUGAGAACAGAUUUACAAGUUUAGUGAAAGAACCCACCUAUUGCACACAUCAGCGGAUUGAAAGGCAAGCAGCAAAAAUAUACAACAGAGACAUUUUUGUGAAGUUUCAAAUAGAGCUAUUCAACGCAACUGCAUUUUCAGUUAUGGAGCUCAUAAAAGAUCACCAAUAUGCAGUCAUAAAGAACUCUUACUAUCACAACCCAGAGUUUUGGAAGGACAAGUUCAUUAUAGAAGUUGACAAAGCAAAACAAGAGUUUAAUUGUGAAUGUAACAAGCUAAAAAGGGAUGGUAUGGUUUGA